UCAGUCGCGCUCCGGCUACGGUUGACGUUCGGAGAUUUUUGGAGAACGUGUCGUCAGCCCUCCCUGCAGUAGUUUUGUUCUGCUUGCGCGUCAAUCGUCAGUUCCAUGCGAUUGGAAAGACAAGUGACAAUAAAAGCAGUUUCAUACAGCCUAUGAUAUUAAACCAUGUAAUUGAAACAUUUGUGUUGCAUUAAGAACACAUGCCCAAAAUUUCACAUACGUUUAUAUUUAAGAAAAUAAAUGUGCAACACAUUUUGUUGGGAUUUUGUGUUUAUGCGUAACAUAAAUUCUCAUAAGUCUAACUUAAAGCAAAGAGGUAGCACAUGAAAUUACAGACUUUUUAGAAGUAGUUUCUAGGAAUUAAGUAAAAGAAACGGAAAAAAACACAGGAAGUGUGUGUGAGAGCGUGUGUUUUGUGUGAAGUGUGUGCACCAACUAUUUGUCAUUUGUUUGUUUGUCCCUGACGGGUUGUAACAUCUAUUCAAGCAUGUGAUGGUUUUUGCUCAGCGCCAGUUCAGUGCAUUUAGCCUGUUUGAAGAACUUACCAUCAUUCAUGUCUUCCUGAAUGUCGCCAAGAUAGGAUCAUCUCUUCCUGAAAGGUGGUGAGAUGUCUGAGGAGAACGAGCGAGACGCAGGGUUCUGCUCCGGCGAAGAUUUAGAAGAUCCUUUAGAGGCUGAAGACGAUCUCCACUCGCCUACAGACGUCAGUGAAGACAGCGUAGAGGUCAAAGUGCUGCCCAUCAGUCUACGAAACAUCAAGAAUAAACGCAAAUGUGCUGAGCCUCGCAAAGUUGCAAGCGAGGAUGACGAUGUUCUUCCUCCUUAUAAGAAGCGACGUCACUUCAUCAACACCGAGAGCAACAAGAAAGCAUCACCAAUCCUUCAGGUAGAUCGCCCACCGCGACCCUCGUCCGUGACUUCUCUUCCUGGAGCCAUAAACCCGCGGUCAAGCCCGGCAAGUCCUUUCCGGCCUUGGAGCCAGCAGACAGUAACCCAACCAUCAGUACGUCAGGAAGUGAGACAAUGUGUCUCGGCGUCAGUCAGUACUCCAUCCCCACCGCCGCCGUCCUACACUCCAGCUCAUCUCCCGCGCGCACCUAUACCGAGACGAUGCCAGUCUGCAUACAUCACAGUGUCAAGACCCCCUGCCAAGCCCAAUCUUGCGCAACCUUACAAUGACCGGGUACCCAAUCUGCCCCACCAGCAAGACGAACCGUUAUCACUGGUAUUGAAGAACGUGUCUCAUGCAGAUGAUGACAGAAUUCCUCAGAGUAGAGAGCAGACGUUGCAUGGCUCUGAAGUUUCCCAGUCGGAGGGACCAGUGCAUCCGUCAACAGCUUCGACACAUGCAAAUAGAUUGAGAUUCGAUGUACCUGGAAGACUUGAGGACGUGAGAUUUUAUGGUGUAGCAGGUGCUAUAGUGAGAGGUUUGACUCCUGUGGGUAGGUUCGGGAUAUCACAGUCUCGAAUCUUACCCGAAAGACGUGGCAUGACUACGCAAGUUCAGGACCGUCCCAUAGCUAGUGAAACCAUUGUCAGAUAUCCCUCAGCUAAUGUCAGUAGGACUCAAAGGUUUGAGGCUGUUGAUUUUUCUGUUACUCAAGCCGCUAGUUCUGUCUCUGUUGGAAGAAGGACGUUGUCAGAGUGUGAGGACAGGAACACGGCGGAGGUGGAAGAUCUGAGUUCAAGUUUGAAACAGCGAACAAGUAAUGGGAAGUUCAGUGUGGAAUCUUUGCUUGGUGGUGCAAAAGAUUCUAAAGGGCACGACGAGCAAAAGCCGGGCCCCUCGUCAAUAGCAUCAACAUCAUCUAACAACAAUGAUCAGCAGAAACCCAAACAGAGUAGUCUAAAUGCUGGUCAGCAAAGGAACUACAAAAACAUGACGCGAGAGAGGCGCAUAGAAGCGAAUGCUCGUGAACGGACAAGAGUUCAUACCAUAAGUGCAGCGUUCGACACACUUCGACGAGCGAUCCCAGCAUACUCUCAUAACCAGAAGCUGUCCAAGUUGUCCGUCCUACGCAUAGCUUGCUCCUAUAUCCUGACUCUCUCGCGAGUGGCCGGUGCUGACUACAGCGUGGACAGCAGUGAGCCUUCCCUUGCAGAGUGUGUGGACCUUGUUUCUCGUACCAUCCAGACUGAAGGAAAACUCAGGCGAAAGAGAGACGAUUAGUUUAUCUCAGUUUUGUAUUUCAUUUACCAUCAAUACAGUUUUCACCGGAUAUGGAUAACGUAUUAACACUCACUGACUUCAGUAGAUUGAUCUGUUGCUUGUCUGAUCAGAAAGGCUGAUUGAAUUGUAUUUUAAUAUGACAUUAAAUCAUUUGGUAACGCAUACAUUUUCAAACUUACAAAUUUCUUUGCAAUAUUGAUUUCUGCAGGAAUAUUUCUUUUAUUCUCAGAAAUGAUUCCAAAUUAAUAUCGUUAAUUUCCUUUGUUGAAUGUCAUUAUUGGUAUCAUCCUUUCUACCCCAAGUAAGUCCUGGAUAUAUCGAAUGGGACUUGCUGGAACUAAGUGAACAUAAACAUGUUCCAAGAAGUGCAUUAUCACAACUAUGUAUAUUGAAUUUCUUUUAAAGACAAAUCGGAUAUGCGCCUGACCAGUAAUUAUUUGUAUAUUAGGUAGCAUCUGUGAUUUAGAACCAUUCUUGAGCUCAAAAUUUGAAAUUUUUGUUAACAUUUGCAAUUUGACCGACAAAUCAGUUCCGAACAUCUUCAUGUUAUAUGGAAGUUGCGCUUACAGAUAUACAUCAGAAACCCAACCGCAACCUCAAGUUAGGUAUGGAAGAAUUUUCAAAUAUACAAUGAAGAUACUGAAACAAGUGAUUUAAUUAUCCCAUAUCUUGAGAUGGUACUUCUGUGUCUGAUGGUAAACAUAUUUGUUUUGUUUAAUUCUGAUGUGGCUGCUACCAUCUUUGAUAUGCAUCCGCAAGCAGCCCGGCGUAGACGAAAACAACGCAAAAUGUAAUGCGUUCUGUCAUCACAAAUUAAAAGGAAGACUGAUUUUUCUUGAUCAAUUCAAAAUGAGUUACAAAUCUUGCAUGGGAAACUUGUUCACAUAAUUUAUGUUCUUUCUUCUUGAAGAUUAUUUAUUUAUAUUAUACUGUUUAAUUAAUGUCAUUUCAAAUAGUCACUAUGGAUCUGAGUCAUUGUCUCUUCCAAACUAAUGCUAAUGAUAAUUGACGCAUAAACAUAUUUCAAAGUACUGUAUGAAUUUAUAUUAAUGAGAAAGAGAUUAUAUUUCUGCAUUUUAAAGUUCAAAUCUAUAGUUAGUUAAAGGUUAUGAACAUGUUAGAGAACUAAGAGUAGAAAACAAAUUUAAAGUGGGGGAUAAGGUGUUACUUCAUCUUCUAAAAUAAUUCCAAAGAUCAUACUUAUCACAGAGUGUAAACACGUUUCUUCUUGAAGUGUACUUUUUGUCUUGAACCAGAGGUUUUGGAUGUAUGAUAAAUAAACCUAAUCUAAAUGAAAGUGGCCAAAUGCAAUCAAAUAGAAAAUCACGUUAUUUUUUACUUCGGUAUUGCGCCGGAGUUUGAGAGUGUUCCUACACAUAUUUAAGAAUAUAUAGACUUAUUAGGAUUGAACUGAACUUCCUGAUUUGUAAAACAUCCAAUUUUAGAUUUACCAGAUAAAUUCUUAAUUGUAGGAAGUAGAAAUUAACCUUAUACAGAGAUUAUGCUACUCAACAAUAGAUAGUUCUGCGUCGUUUCUUCUUUGUUUCUAUUAAUGCCGAAAUUACACCUAUAAUGACACUUCAAAUAUAAUAUUGUAUAUUCUCACUGAAAGAUGUUAUCUCAUAGAACGAAAUAACCUAUAACAGAGUUAAAUUUAUUCAAAAUUACAUAUAUCAUUUCGGAUGAAAUAAAAGAUUUGAAUUUCAAAAAGUCAUCUAUUCUUCUUGGUACUCAUACAGAAAUGUUUCAUUUUUCUCCAGCUUUUAGCUGACUGCACUUAAGGUAAAGGCAUAACUUAGAAUUUUGGGGAAAAAUUUUUGGAGUGGAAGAUUGCGGCGUUACAUAGCGGUAGUUAAGAAAUUCUCUGUCUUUUAAUGUGUCUUUGUAGAUCAAUUUAUAAACAAAUUAUACUGUAAGUGAACGCACAGAAUUGUUACAUGAAACCGUUUUUCUUGACUCUUUUAUUUGAUUUCUAAAUUUAAUCUGUAUGUUGUUUGCUCUAAAUCUUUUUAAAAAUGAAGUUUGGAAAAUUGUACACCUCACCAGAAUGCGCAGAAUUUUCACGUGCGUUCUUUGCAACUUUGCAUUCUGAAUGCUCCUAGCUCUUGCAAUUAUAUUCAUAUUUUAUAGGACACUAGCAAGAUUACAUAGGUCUACAACUAUGCUCGCCGUCUGCUUUCAUGCUGGCAUAUUGCUUGGCUUAUGCGACCCUGAUGCUCGGGGCACUACGUUCCUGCAAGCGGUGUCUGAAUUCCAAGGGACUGCACGGCUUUAUAUCCCAGAAGAUAGAAAUCCUCAUAACCACCGCUUUGAGAGGUAUACCCGGUAGCAUAGUUGGUU